AUGGACAUUGCUAGUCUCAUAGAAUACUCAACUUGGACCCUCCAACGUCCUUUGGCACAGGGAAGCGACCAAUGCCAUAACACCAAUAACGAGCCGAACGAAGCAAAUAAUACUUCGGCGUCAAUAGUUCAGACCUUGAAAUACACAUUGCCUACUUGGUACCGACAUUCCCUCGCGGUUCAUGUCGUUGACUUCAACAUCAACCACAACCACGAAAGAGAUAGAGGAAACAUACAAAGUGGUAUAUUCAUCCGAACGCACAAGUCCAGAAUGAACGGCCGCCUUUUCAUGCCCAUUCAGAACCCAGAGUCAGGUCAAUAUACGCUUGUGAACCAGGAACAGGACAACCUGGACCAUCACCCGGAUCUUGGCUCGGAGUGUGCGAUCGGCCUCAUCUACAAGAAGGACUAUGAAACGUCCUUCAAUCAAUUACUGCAUCUUGUCCCUCUGCCGCAAGACGGAAACCGCAAUGAUCCAGUUCCGUACGGAUAUAGAAACGGCGACAACCAGGAUCUACCCCCUAAGGACUCGGCCGGCUAG